CGGCGUCGUUAUUUUCCUCGCCCCCCGGCUCUGCUGCUCGCCUCACGCUCUCCACGCACACCGAGCACGCCUCAGCAAGGCCGCAAUAUUGAUGUCGGAUCGUGAGACGGGCGGCCUGCCCGGGUCGGACGAAGAUCUCUCCCUCCCAAAGGCGACGGUGGCCAAAAUGAUCACAGAACUUCUGCCGUCCGACGUCUCGUGUGCUAAGGAGACGAGGGACUUGGUGAUCGAGUGUUGUGUAGAAUUCAUACAUCUCAUUUCGUCGGAGGCGAAUGAGAUCUGUGAGAAGGAGUCGAAGAAGACGAUAGCUCCGGAGCACAUCAUAUCAGCUCUGAAGCACCUUGGGUUUGAGUCCUUCACCGCGGAGGUGGAAGACGUAUUGAAGGAUCACAAGCAGCAGCAGAAGGACCGGGAGAAGAAGGUCUCCAAGCUCGAGUCCUCCGGGCUCACAGAGGAAGAGCUCGCCAAACAGCAGGAAGAGUUAUUCGCCGCCAGCCGAGCGAAGUUCCAGUCCGCGCAGCAAUAGGUUACUGUAUCAUGUAGCAUUCGUCUCGUUCUCAGGCUCCCAGAGGGACAUUGGACCAGUCGCUGUAUACCAUGUAC